AUGUCCAAGUCCAAGGCUGCCAAGCGCAAGAGAAAGGCCCAGGCCGAGCUGCCCAACAAGCAGCUCAAGACCAGCGCAGUCAUCACUCCUCCGCCCUCCGAUGGCGCAUCACCUGAGCCCAAGAACCUCCAGACCAUCGUCUCUGACGAGGAACUCGACAUCACCAUUCGUGCAAGCCCUUACGAGCAGCCGUCCAUGAAUUCCGCCAGGCUUGCACCACAGGCGUCAACAAUGCCGGCAUGCACCCUCAUCCUCCCCGCACUCACCUCGCGCCAACAUGUUGCUAACGUCAAUUGGCCCACAGAAGGCGCAAAUCUUACCUCGAGGAUCUCGGGAGCCCUAGUCGAUGGCAAAUACACCGAGGCGAGGAUCCUGCUCGCGGAGAUGAGGAUCCGGGGCGAGCAGCCCAAGCUGGGAGCUCUGUGUCGCUGGGUCCGCGACCUCGACAUCAUCAGCGGCCUCUCGACGAAACCUAGCGGCGACGGGCACAUCACUGUCAAGCGAUCGGCAGAAGACCUCGACCGCCUCGCCGUGGUGGACGCGAUUCUGCGUGUCGUUGGGCCUACCGACAGCAACAUAAGGGCUUUGCCAAACCAUUCAGAUCCCAUUGCUGUGCAGGAGGUCUGGAAUCUUCGCUCGUCGACAGACAGGGAAGAGGUCUACGCAUCCGUUCUCGACAAGACCCUCCUUCAAUCGCAGUCCGUGACCCUCGGCGACUCUCUCCGCAUCAUCGAGACAACGGAAGGUGUCGACCGGAAGCCACCGAACCAUCACCCAGCCAUCCUCUACACAUCCACGCCCGAUGCUGUCCCUCUCGCCUCGCAAGGACCGUCCAUCUCCUUCCAACCCCACCCCGUCGUUCCCGGUCUCGGCCUGGCGCUCAACGUGCUUUCGCCGAGCGAAUGCAAAGCCAUCAUUGCCGCCGGCGAGACGGUCAACUUCAUCCCCGACGCCCCGCUGCGGGAAGACGGCGACAUCAGCAUCCUCGCGCACAAUUUCUACUGGGUGGUCGACACCGCGUUCCACGACGCCCUCUGGUCGCGCAUCUCCCCUUACGUCCCGGCCUCCGUCGGCGGCCGCAAGGCGAGGGGCAUCAACCGCCGCUUCCGCGUCUACCGCUACGUCCCCGGCGCCGAGUACCGCUGCCACAUCGACGGGGCCUGGCCGCCGUCGGGCAUCCUCCCCGACGACACAUACGUCUACGACGCCUCGCCCGCCGGGAAGAAGCAGAGCUCGCUGUUCACCUUCCUCGUCUAUCUCAACGACGAGUUCGAGGGCGGCGAGACCACCUUCUUCGUGCCGGCGGCCAAGGAGGGCACCCUCAACGCCUACCCUGUCAAGCCCGUCAUGGGUGCUGUCGCCAUCUUCCCUCACGGCGAGACCAGAGGCGCCUUGCUUCACGAAGGGACGGGGGUGAGGAAGGGGGCCAAGUAUGUGAUUAGGACUGACGUCGAGUACGACGUUGAACCUUCUCCUGAGGCGUAG